GUCUGCUCAAUUUCAGUUCUGUAUCUACAAACUCAUCAUUCAAAUGUUACGGGAAAAUGGGAAGGACUGGUGGUUGUCGGAAUUUGCUUUACAACAAGAGCCAAAGAGGGGGGUAUUGAACCAGACGUGCUUGAGAAAGACAAAGAGCCAAUUGAANUUGAUGUUCAUAAUGAUAUUGGAGCUGUUGGCGUUCACCAUGUUGGAGUGCUUUGUGAGAAUCUUGAGAGGUCACUUCACUUUUAUUUAAACAUUCUAGGUCUUAAAAUAAACGAGGCGAGGCCACACGACAAGCUUCCUUAUAGAGGUGCUUGGUUGUGGGUGGGUGCUGAGAUGAUCCAUUUAAUGGAACUUCCAAAUCCUGAUCCUAUGUCUGGGCGACCUGAACACGGAGGUCGGGACCGUCAUACUUGUAUUGGAAUUCGGGAUGUAUCGAAGUUGAAAGUGAUCCUUGAUAAAGCUGGUAUUCCCUAUACGCUUAGCAAGUCAGGAAGGCCAGCAAUCUUUACAAGAGAUCCAGAUGCAAAUGCUUUAGAAUUUACUCAAGUGGAUGACUAAUUUAGUUCUUAUCCAAUAAACUCUUACUACGAGCUUCAAUUAUCUGUGAAGCACCUCAGGAUCUUGAGAUCACUGAAAAGGUCAGUUGCAAUAUACUAGGAUUUGAGAUCAAACAUCAUGAUAUCAUCUUAUUGCACGGAAACAAGAAUAUGAUUGUAAGUAUGCAUGUUAUGUAUAAAUAAGGCAGUAGUAUGCUAUGAAUGUAUAGACCUAGCAUCUUCUGUUCUUAAAAGAUUCUCUGUAUUUUUCUCUUCUUUUG